CGUCUCUCUCCGCCCUGCACGGGACUAGUGUGCGCACUAGCUACUUUUACUUUCUGUGCUGGACAACCACUUGAAAAGAAAGCACCCAAAUUCCGCUAAGUAAUUCGCUGUGUCUAGAGAAACAAACAGCUGACUUGAUGCGGUUUCGUUUUCAGGACGCGCAACAGGAUAUUUCCCUCCGUGGCGCAUUCGAGGGUUCAGAUGCGCAACUGGCUGCAUCCACUCCCCAUGUUUGGCUGCGACUAAUCUCGCCUGUAUGAUAAGAAAACAAGGUCGUGAGUGUCAUUUCUCAAUGUAUCUUUUUUUUGUUUUGUUGGAAAGUGUAGUUUAGUUUGUGUCUCGGAGGGAAAGCGGGUCACAUGCUCGCCCCCCGUGCGCCAGGCUCGGGUCUAGAUGGUGCUGAUCACGGACAGGGAUGGAGCAGGAUCCCCGUCCGCCCGCAAACAGCAGAGGAGAGCCGGGGGACAGAACGGCCGCCUGCACUCCACCAUAGCCGAGGAGCCCCCGUCCCACUGCGAGGAGGAAUACCCGGGCUCGGGUGAGGAUGAGGAGGAGGAGGAGGAGGAGGACGAGGGCAGCGAGGAAGACGGGGAUGAUUUUGAAGAAGUUGACUUUGAGGACUUGGACGACUGUCGGAGCAUCCUGUCCGACGACUCCUUCUACCCGCCGGAUGAUGCGUUCGCGGACUCGGAGCGCAGUCCGUCCCCGGACAGCCCCGAGCCGCUGUCCUUCUUCAGGGCGUGCUGCACCAACAACGCGGCCAUCCUGCGGAUCAUGAUACGACACGGUGUGAAGGAGGAGGAUGUCAAGGAAACUGACAGGAAUAACAGGGUAGGGCUUUUGGUUGCCUGUUACCAAGGUUUUGUGGACGUCGUCAUAGCGCUGUCUCAGUGUCCGUACCUUGAUGUCAACUGGCAGGACAGCGAGGGGAACACUGCUCUCAUCACAGCUGCACAAGCAGGCCACAUAACAAUCACCAACUAUCUACUGAACUACUACUCUGGGUUGGACAUAGAGAGGAGAAAUUGUCAUGGCUUCACUGCUCUGAUGAAAGCUGCCAUGCAGGGCAGGGUGGACUGUGUGCGCUCACUCAUGAUGGCAGGAGCUUCCUUGAACGCCAGGGACUUUGGCCGAAACCUGACUGCCAGGGAGUGGGCCUUGUUUACGGGCCGCUACGAAGCAGCCUGGGUGAUGACCCGCCUGGCGGAGCGGCCCUGCCCCGUCCAGUACUGCAGCACACAGAGUCUAGAGUGGCCCCCACUGGCAUCGCUGGUGGCCAGCGCCCAAGAACCCCGCGGCUGCCUGAAGCGUCUGUCAGACACCAUGCGGAACGUCUUUAACAUCGCAAAUGUCACCAACCCAGAGGAUGAGGGCGUCUUCGACCACAUGGUGUCUGUUACGUCUGCUAUGAGGAGCCCUUUCAUCGCUGUAGCAUGCCACACUGUGUGUCCUGACAGUCCUCCAAGCGUGGGAAAACGUCGCUAUGCAGUCCCAGAGAUCCUCCGCCAGCAGCGCGCCAAAGAGCUCCGCUCCACCAACCCCGACAGGGCGGACAGCCACCUCAAGCUCUUCCAGAACUCUCGGGUCACUCUGGUGGCCAAGAGCUCGGACGACCGCCGGGCCAGCCUCCAAGUCCAGAGGUCGGUGCCCCGACACCGGAGCUCCAGCCUGAGCAUGGUGGCUUACAGCCAGGCCAUGGAGCUGCGAAGGACCAGCCUGCUGCCCGUGCACAUGGUGAUGAGGCGGAGCAGCGUCAGGCCGGGCUUCAGCAUCCCCAAGGUGAGGGUGACCAAGGCGCCCGCGUCCACCUACGAACCGGAAAAGAUUCGGAGGAAGAGCAGCAGCAAAGAUGGAGCGGCGAACCUCCUGGAAAUUCCCAAGUGGAGAUACAAGGAGUUGAAGGAAGAGAGGAGGAAAGCAGAGGAAGCUGAAAGGAAGAGGCUGGAGCUCUUAACCAAGAGACACAUUGCAGCUGGGAAGAGGAAAUGAUAUAAUUACCUCAGGGAACUUUGUUAUUUAAUCAUCAAAAUGACAAAAGCUGUACUGGCCAUGAAGUCAGAAAGAGAUUUGCCUGUAAUUCUUUUGAGCUGUAAGGAUUCUGUGCUCAGGGAUGGACCUGGAAUCAGUUAGUGUUCCCAAAUGAGGACACAAGAAGAAAGCUCCUUAAGAGUGACUGACAACUUCAGUCCACAAUACCAGCAUCCUUUGUGAUGUCAAACAGAUACCCAGGGGAUUUAUUACUUGAAAUGUUUUCUAGAUAAUUUAUUUUUAAUAUUUAUUGCUUUUUAAUGGAAGGCUGGGACUUGUCACGCUCUGGAUGCUCACUUCAGCAGUCUGUUUGUAGUAUGUUGAACUGUACUGGAGCAGAAGACAUCAAUAACACAGAUCAUCGCAGAGCGCAACCGUAGCAGAGGCAUAUUCAUCUCUGUUCAAAAACACUUUAUUGAAAACAUUUUGGAAUACUAUUUUUUCACACUGGCUGCAAAAGCUAAGAUAUAAAAUCUCAUGGCAAUUGCCUGAUAAUUUUUUUAGAAUCCUUUUAUUGUGCUUUAACUUAAAAGCCUGAAUGUAUUUUGCAUAUGCAUUUGUUUUAUAUUAGAGAUUUGAAUGCUUUUUGAUUCAUUUUUUUUUGUAUUCAGUGCAAUUUUUCCCCCCGACAUACUAAUAUGUAAACAAUAAUGCUUUCUAGACUUUAUUCUUGGGUCCAAGACUGAAUUUUAGAGAUUUUUUUUAUUUCUUACCAGGGGGAAAGAAAGUUUCUAUUAUUUCUCAAAUGUUUACAUCGCAAAACCACAUUUAACAGUGAGACACCACCGAGCAGGGACAGAGAUGUGUGACUUUGUGUACAGGGUAUGGAUGAUGUCGGUGAAAUAAACACUUCUGCCUACGGUCCACCAAGUU